AAUAUAAUGAUACCUUAUCGUAAAUAAUAAUGAAUAAUUAUCUGCUGCACAUGACAUACCUUUAAUAAUAAUGAAUGCUCUUCGCAGGACACAACAUUUACAGUUCAGGGUCUGACAGAAAACAGCGAGUAUCUCUUCCGCGUGAUGGCGGUCAAUGAAAAUGGCCAUAGUCCUCCUCUUGAAGGAAUCAACCCCAUCAUUGCCAAACUGCCCUUCGAUCCUCCCGGUGCCCCCGGCACUCCCAAAGUGACGGAAGUGGGGGGUGAUUUCGUCAAUCUUUCGUGGACGAAGCCAGAGGAUUCUAGAGUACUGGGGUACUGGAUAGAGAAGCAGGAGACGGGCACCAAUACUUGGCAGAAAGUGAAUCUCUCUCCCUGCCACACCACACAGAUCAACAUCAUCAAUCUGAUAGAGGAUCGUCAGUACGAAUUCCGAGUGUUUGCUUACAACGAAGCGGGUUCGAGUCCCCCCGCCCUCACCGAACGUCCAGUCAAGAUGGUCGACCCCAAUGCUCCAGUCCCACCGGAAUUCACAACACCUUUGAAGAAUGUUUUGUGCCACGAAAACAAAAAUGCUCAGUUCACGUGCACCGUAGUUGGAAAUCCAAAGCCGACCGUCACAUG